AAUGAAUCAAAAGAGGGAAGAUCUUAUGGAAAAGAUGCCAAAGCUGCUGAGGGCGGUGGUGCUCGGGAGCAGAGGCUGAGCUGAGCCCCGAGGUCGGAGGAGGAGGAGGAGGAGUCCCGAGGAGGCCGAGCAGUGGGAGGAGAGGAGAGGAGAGGAGGAGAGGAGGCGGCUGGUGCUCGAAGUCCGUCAGAGGAAAUGGCGCUGCUGAUUGGCACACACGGGGCCAAAAGUCUGCGCAGGUCGCGGGGGUGACCGGAAGACGGAGGAAAAAACGCGAAAGGUCGAGGCUGGAAAAUUGUGCCGCGACGAGGCCCGCGAGCGAGCGAGCGAGCGAGAGAUGAAGCGAGCGAGUGCUGGAGAGCUGGAGCGAGCGGGGAAUAAAUGGGGCCAAAAAUUAAGAAAGCCAAAAGCGAGCGGGGGCGGGGGCGGGGCUGGUCACUGGUGGUUGCUGCUGCAGCUGCUGCAGCUGCUGGCUCUGGUGCUGCUGCUGCUGCUGGCGACAGCCUCCUCCAUGAUGAUAAUCCAGUCCAGACAGGAAUCGGACGGGGCCUGGGGGUCAGGCGGGCGAGGCUGCUGCAGGCUUCAGGCAGGCAGUAUCAUGUAGUAGAUGUAGUAGUAGUAGCGUCCGGAAGAUUUGGAAAGAGGGAAUGCUAGUCCCGACCGCAAAGACAUGCGCGACGCGGGGCAUGGCAUGGGUGGGCGCGCUGAGGUGGUGGUGGUGGUGGUAUUUGUAGGAAGAGGGGGGGGUGGGGGGCUCGGGUAGUAGUCUUGUAGUAAGUGAGUCGUGAUGAUGAGGUGGGACGGAAAUCUCAGAUAGAUAGAGGGAAUAGUGGAAAAGAGAGGGCUCGGGGAUAAUUUUUGCUAAAUUGGAGGCGUGGUACAGCACUCCAUUCCAGUCCAGGCCCAGUGACGUUGCUGCCGAAUGGAAUGGUAGUAGAAGUAGUAGAAGUAAGGGAGGGAAUGAAUGGAAAGGAUCCGGCCCGAAAUCUUGCGAUGCGCUCUUCUAGCAGCAUUGUGGUUAGGGUUGGUAUUAUACCAAUCAUGUCGGUUAUGGCGAUCGUUCAUCGCCAUGCGGGGGCUCCGUUUCGUGUCAACAUGGUCUGGCUUUUCGUCUUUAACGCCUUG